CCAUUUGUUGAUAUUGUUUUCUCCCGAGUUUCGACAGUCGUAGUGUGCCACUGCCACUACCAUAAUUACCGGUGAAGAACUCAAUCAUAUCUUAAUAAUUGAUCAGUCGUCAUAGCCCAUAAACCCCUAUCGCCUCUGCUAAAACCCGCCAAAUGUUGCUAUCUCAAUGGCAGCUCCGCCCCUUCUCCGCCGUCAACUGCCUCUUCCCCUCAUUCUCUCCGUUCCCGUUGUCCAAUUCUAUCAAUUUUACGUCCAGACCCACUGAUAAGUAUUCUUUACGCUCUGCCCACAAAGCGUUGAUUGCCCAAAUAUCGGAAGAACCCACCACAACCGCCAGGACGGCGGCCGCAAGCUCUGCCGAGUCGCCGCAGGAAGAGGGACCUAUUGAACUCCCUCCUUCAGUUCCCCCCAUUUUCGCUACCUCAGACGAACCAACACCUCUUCAGACUGCCACUAGCGUUCUCCUAACCGGUGCCAUCACCGUCUUUCUCUUCCGCUCCCUCCGCCGCCGCGCCAAGCGCGCCAAAGAGACGAGAUUUAGGUCAUCUGGGGAAAAGAAAUCUCUGGCGGAAGAGGCUGCGGAGAGCUUGAAAGCAGUGUCUCUAUCGCCCGUUACUGCCAAGUCUCCACCUUCACCUGUUCAGGCAUUUCUUGGUGCAUUAACAGCUGGGGCUAUUGCACUAAUUCUUUACAAAUUCACAACAACUAUCGAAUCAGCUCUCAAUCGCCAAACAAUUUCAGAUAACUACUCGGUUCGCCAGAUAACAAUAACAAUAAGGACAAUCAUCAAUGGGUUGUGCUACCUUGCUACAUUUGUUUUUGGUGCCAACGCUCUAGGUUUGUUUCUUUACUCCACUCAGCUUGCCUUCAACUCCUUUAUGGAAGGUUCUGGUAGUGAGAGCGAAGCACCAGUGAGCUCGGCAAAGUCAGAAUUGGGUGAGACAGAUAGCUCCGAAACCAGGGCAGGUGAGGAUCAAAGUGCAGAUAAUUCACAAUAGUGGAGAAUUAAAAGCGGACAGCAGUAGCAGGUUUUGUCCGGACCAUUUUGUAGAACUUGAAAAUUCUUCAGUUUGUGAUGUCAUAGUAAUACUCUGUUAGAAGAACAUGGUCUCCUCAACAAGGAAUAUACAUUUUGACAUUGUGUAAAUUCAUAUGUUUAGUACUGACAUACUAGUUUCUGUUUUCUGCUAUUUAUCUA